AUGGAGGCCCAGAACUUGGUUUAUGAUGUCACGAGUGGUGAGGCAAGUCUCAGUAGAUGCAGGCAUCUGGUGCUCCGGUGGAAGAUGCUGCUGCUCUCCCUCCUCCUGUUCCACACCCUGGUCUGGCCCAUGCACAGCAUGAAUGGCAGCUGUGAUGCAGUUUGUGGGCGCCGCCCCCUGAUGUCUGGCUACGGCGGGAUGCGGAUCGUGGGUGGUGUAGAUGCUCUGCCAGGGGCCUGGCCCUGGCUCGUCAGCAUCCAGAUCCCCACCCGAAUGGGCCCCCGGCAUUCAUGUGGUGGGUCCCUCAUCAGCACUCGCUGGGUCCUCACAGCAGCUCACUGCUUCAAAGCCAAGAGAAGGCUGCUCUCGCAGUGGCGUGUUGUGAUAGGUGCGUCCCAGCUAUCUCAGCGUGGCCCUGAGGCCCAGGUGCGCUCCAUCAAACAAGUGGUGCAGCAUGAGCACUACGAGCCGCGCAUGGAGAGCAACGACAUCGCUCUGCUGGAGCUCGACCAGCCAAUCGAGUGCAAUGAUUACGCACAGCCCGCUUGCCUGCCCGAUGCCAUGGUGGAGGUGUCGAACCUGUCCCACUGCUACAUCAGCGGCUGGGGAGUCACGCAAGAGACAUCCCAGGAAACAGCCGACAUCCUGCAGGAAGCCAAGGUGCAUCUCCUUGACAUCACAACCUGUAACAGUAGCCGCUGGUACAACGGGGCCAUCGCCAGCAACAACCUGUGUGCAGGGUACGAGCAAGGAGGUGUCGACAGCUGCCAGGGCGACAGCGGAGGCCCCCUCAUGUGCGCAGAGGAAAGGUCAAAGCGCUUCUGGGUUAUUGGAGUCACCAGCUGGGGGCUGGGCUGCGCCAAGGCACAGAGGCCAGGAGUCUACAGUUCCACUCUGCACUUUCAUGACUGGAUCUUGGGGAAAGUCAGGCCCAGGCCCAGGCCCAGGCCCAGGCCCAGGCCAGGCCUGUGCCUGUCAAUCCACAGCAGUCUGUCUGACUUCUUCAGGAAGCUGAACGAGUUCCUACAGGGCCUGAAGGGAAAGGGGACUUGA